UUCGCGUAGUGUAUUUGUUCGAUUUUUUUCCUUCAUUUAUAAAAUUUACCAAUAAAAAUGUUGAACAUUCGGCAAACGAUCAUUGCAUGUGGAUAAAUUGGUCCUUAUGGAUAGUGAAAAUUCUUUCAAAGUGUCACUUUUGUAUUCAAAUUUGAGUCAACCGUCAAUUUUGAGUUCUGUUUUAAGCACCUCAAGAUCAACGAUAAAAAAUGAAAUCGAAGCUUAGGAAGUGGAAAAAACUUCGAUUUAGACUGUGAUGCUUUACAAAGCAAACUGUUCCUCAGGAAGUAGUGGUUCGCCGAUUGGAUAAAUUAGUCUCUCUACAAGUUUUAAGGAAAUAAAUUCCCAUCAAACUCCGUUCUACGAAACCACCCAUUCAAUCAACGAAUCAACUGUCGUCAGAUGACCUAGAAGUGCGCACUCUGCGGAACGGUUGUCUUUCUCCGUUCUGGUGAACAAUUCGUCACAUCGAAAGUAGUGUGAAAACCAUUGACCAUCAACCCUUCCUGGGUUGAUUCUGUUUAUAGCAAUAGUAAGAUUCAUGGCUGAGGAUUUAUAAAAGUUUCGGAACAAAGGCUUCUUAAAGCCUAAACAGGUGAAUGAACCAUCACUAUCAACAUGCCAUCGAAGUGGAUCCUACUUCUGAUUCCACUGCUAACUUACCUUCAGUCGACAUUCGGUGCAAAAAGUCAACGAAAUAACUACGCUAACUACUCUGACGUAGGAGAACUUUCCAAACACCACGCCGUAAGUUUAUCGUUAUCAGAUAUUCUUCCACUGCAUCACAAAACAUACGAUAAGAAUCGAGCCCCGAAGCUGCUCGGUCAACCAACUGUAGUGUAUUUUCACGUUACAGUCCUCUCUAUAGAUUCUAUCAACGAAGAAUCAAUGACGUACGUAGCGGACAUCUUUUUGGCACAAAGCUGGCGUGAUCCUCGGCUACGAUUGCCGGAAAACAUGAGUGAGGAGUAUCGGAUAUUGGACGUCGAUUGGCUGCACAACAUCUGGCGACCGGAUUGUUUCUUUAAGAAUGCCAAGAAGGUCACCUUUCACGAAAUGAGCAUACCGAAUCACUAUCUGUGGUUGUACCACGAUAAAACGCUACUAUACAUGUCCAAAUUGACACUGGUGUUGUCGUGUGCGAUGAAGUUUGAAUCUUAUCCACACGAUACGCAAGUAUGCUCAAUGAUGAUCGAAAGUUGUAAGUAUGAUGAGGUUGUGGGUUGCACUAUGUCGUUGAUUGUCGGAGACUGGUUUGCUUAA